AUGGCAGAAGGUAACAUCACUUCCAAAGUCGCCGGGUUUGACUUUGAGAAGAAUUUUGACUUCGAGGAAGCUCAAAGAUGGAUGGCCGACUACUGGGCUACAUCAUUGGUGAUCAGUGCGCUGUACGCCGCCCUGGUGUUUGGAGGUCAGCGCUACAUGAGGUUCCGUCCCAAACUCAACUUGCGGCGGCCUCUGUUUGCCUGGUCGCUCACGCUCGCCCUCUUCAGCGCCAUGGGUGCGGCGCGCACGGGCCGCUACGCGUUGGACGUCCUAAACCAGGGCGGCUGGCGACGUUCCGUCUGCGAGCAAGGCUUCUAUGACGGGCCCGUCAGUAAAUUCUGGGCCUUUGCCUUCGCCGUCAGCAAGGUGCCGGAGCUGGGUGACACGGCGUUCGUGGUGCUCCGGAAGCAGCGGCUAAUAUUCCUGCACUGGUACCACCACGCCACGGUGCUGCCGUACUCGUGGUUCUCGUACAAGGAGGUGGCGGCGGGCGGUGGCUGGUUCAUGACCAUCAACUACGCCGUGCACGCGCUCAUGUACUCCUACUACGCCUGUCGCGCCGGCGGGCUAAGGGUGCCGCGACUGCUGGCGGCGCUCCUGACGGCGGCUCAGCUGACUCAGAUGGUGGCGGGCCUGGCGGUCAGCGGCCUGACGUACCACUGGACGCCAAGCCCCGACUGCAAGGCGCGACCCAUUCACGUGGCCUGGGGGGCGCUGUUGUACCUCAGCUACUUGCUGCUGUUCGCCCGCUUCUUCUACCAAGCCUACCUGCGGCCACGAUCCAAGACCCUGUAG